CCAGCCCACCCCCCUCCCACUCAAACUCCAAUAAAAACACCCACCAAAUCCUCCACUCUCUUCCUUCCCUCCUCCAAACUCCACCAUCAUCGCAAUGCCGUAGCCCCCACCCUGCCACCACCACCACCCCCGCCUCCUCCUAAUGGGAACUUGCACUUCGAAACCUCCAAAACCCAACCCCUAUGCCCCAUCAGACACCGACCCUCCACCCCAACUCCCAUUCCAAACACCAUCACAACAUGACCUGCCUGCCACCCAAACUCAAACCCCCAAAUCCCCAGUCACACCCUUCCCGACCUCCAAAGCCUCCCCCUUUUUCCCUUUCUACACUCCUAGCCCUUUCAAAAAGACACCUUUCAAAUCAACCACUUCUACUCCUCUUCGCUUCUUCAAGAAAUCCUUUGCUCCUCCCUCGCCCGCGAAGCACAUUAAAGCUGUGCUUCGCAGGCAAAACAAGAAGAAGAAAAAAAGUGGGGCAGAACCGAAUGCCGAAGAGGACGAUGAUAAUGAAGAGGCAGUGGAGUUAGAUAAAAGGUUUGGUUUUUCAAAAGAGUUUACUAGUAGAUUGGAAGUUGGAGAGGAAGUGGGGAGAGGACAUUUUGGCUAUACUUGUUCUGCUAAGUUCAAGAAAGGUGAAAGAAAAGGUCAGCAAGUUGCUGUUAAAGUCAUACCCAAAUCAAAGAUGACAACAGCUAUUGCAGUUGAGGAUGUAAGAAGGGAGGUCAGGAUAUUGAAGGACUUGACAGGACACAACAAUUUAGUGCACUUCUAUGAUGCAUUCGAAGAUCUUGACAAUGUCUAUAUAGUGAUGGAGCUAUGCGAAGGAGGGGAGCUCCUAGAUAGAAUACUUUCAAGGGGUGGGAAAUACUCAGAAGACGAUGCGAAGGCUGUUAUGGUGCAGAUACUAAAUGUUGUUGCAUUUUGUCAUCUACAGGGUGUUGUGCACCGAGAUCUCAAACCAGAGAACUUUCUAUAUACUUCUAAGGAGGAGAACGCUCAGCUGAAAGUUAUAGACUUUGGCUUAUCAGAUUUUGCCAGACCAGAUGAAAGACUUAAUGACAUCGUGGGAAGUGCAUACUAUGUGGCACCUGAAGUUCUGCAUAGAUCCUAUAGCACUGAGGCUGAUGUAUGGAGUAUAGGCGUGAUAGCUUUCAUUCUUUUGUGUGGUAGUCGUCCAUUUUGGGCCCGGACCGAGUCUGGAAUUUUUCAGGCAGUCUUGAAAGCUGAUCCCAGUUUCGAUGAAGCACCUUGGCCCACCUUAUCUCUAGAAUCAAAAGACUUUGUUAAACGCCUAUUAAACAAGGAUCCAAGGAAACGAAUUACUGCUGCUCAGGCUUUGAGUCAUCCUUGGAUCCGGAAUUAUAAUGAUGUAAAAGUACCUCUUGAUAUUAUGAUAUUCAGGCAUAUGAAGGCAUACAUGCGGUCAUCAUCUCUGCGUAAGGCUGCUUUAAGGGCAUUGUCUAAGACAUUGACAGCGGAUGAACAGUUUUUUCUGAAGGAGCAGUUUGCUUUGCUAGAGCCAAAAAAAAGUGGCAGCAUAACCUUGGAAAACCUUAGGAUGGCCUUGAUGAAAAAUGCAACAAAUGCAAUGAAGGAUUCUCGCAUCCCUGAUUUUCUUGCCUCGCUAAAUCAACUUCAAUACAGAAGGAUGGAUUUUGAAGAAUUCUGUGCAGCUGCAUUGAACGUUCAUCAGCUGGAGACUCUUGAUCAAUGGAAACAUCUCGCCCGUUCUGCAUAUGAGAUUUUUGAAAAGGAUGGAAACAGGGCAAUUGUAAUUGAGGAGCUUGCUUCAGAACUUGGGCUUGGCCCCUCCAUCCCAGUUCAUGCCGUUCUCAAUGACUGGAUAAGACAUACUGAUGGGAAGCUAAGCUUCCACGGGUUUGUCAAGUUGUUGCAUGGCACAUCCAGCCGAACCAUUGCUAAGGCACAGUAAAGAGCUACUAUAUCUAUGUUCUGUUGGAUGUGCUGCUUAUUCUUUGCUUCUAGGGCAAAAAAAAAAAAAGAACAAAGAAAAAAGGUGUGAUGUAAAAUCUAAGAUGCUCACAUUAGUAGCUGAAGAUCUGGAGCUUCGUUGAGCAUACCUAUUAGAGCAUCGCUCCCCUCAUGUCACCAGCCUUAACCCUCAUGUCAUCUCUGAGGCGUCUGAGCCAUUCAGAAUGUGAGUGACCAUGAAGAUCACUGCCAUCGUUGUGUAAAGAUAUAUUUCAGGUUUUUUCCAAACAGGCAAGGAAACUUUCUUGUUCCCACUAUGGAUGCUUCACACAUCUUAAAUGUUGUUCCUAAUCAUUGUUGUUAAUUAAUACAUGUUUGUUUUGUUUAGCUUUCAA